ACCCCAACCCCCAUCCACAGCCCAACAUGACCGAACCCCAAGACCCAAGCACCGCCGCCGCCCCAGCAGCGCCCCUCUUCAAAAAGCGCGGCGCGAAAGCCCAAAACAACCUCCGCAAGAAACGCGCCGCGACGCCACCGGACACGAGCUCCAGCGACUCGGACCUCUCCUCCGACGAAGCCAACAUCAAGCGCCGCAAGAAGAACGCGGGCGCCGUAACGGCGUCCUCGUCAUCCGGCUUGCGUCACGCACCCACAUCAACCACCUCGCAGCCUUCCUCCACACCGGCCCUCCUCCCCGACACCAACGACGCAACCAAACAAUCAAACUGGUACGACGAAGACGCCACGCUAAGCACAAGCAACCUCCUGGGCAAAACCCGGCACGCAGCCGCAAACCCCACCGACACGCCCGACGGGACCUACAAAGGCCUCGCGCACCAAACAACCUUCAUCAAAAAGAACCCGGACGCACCAACCCGCAAAGCCGUGGGGCCUGUGCGCGCGCCCACCAACGUGCGCAUGACGACGUUCACCGACUACUCGCCGGACGUGUGCAAGGACUACAAGCUGACGGGGUGGUGCGGGUUCGGCGAUAACUGCAAGUUCCUGCACGACCGGUCGGAUUACAAGGCCGGGUGGGAGUUGGACAAAGAGUGGGAGACUGUGACCAAGGGCCGGAAGGUGGUGGGCACGGUGGUUUCGGAUCGGGCGCGCGCGGACGGGUCGGGUGCGCGGGGCGGCGUCGAUGGUGGGGAUGAUGAGGAUGCCGAGUUGGAGGAUAUUCCGUUUGCGUGCAUCAUUUGUCAGGGGCCGUAUCAGGACCCCGUCAUCACGAAGUGCGGGCAUUAUUUCUGUGAGGCCUGCGCGUUGAAGCGGUAUCGGAAGGAUCCGAGUUGUGCGGCUUGCGGUGCGGCUACGAAUGGGGUGUUUAAUUCGUCGAAGAAGUUGAAACGGCUACUCGAGAGGAAGGCUGAGAAGCAGGCGCUGAGGAGGAAGGAGGCUGAGGAGAAUGGGGAGGUGUUGAGUGAGGAUGAGGAGGAGUAGCCAAGGUG